GGCGGGGCAGGCGCGGGGGCGGGGGCGGGUGGGGCUCGGCUACAGAAGCACGCGAGGCACGCGCAACAGUUCCUCCUGUUGUUGUGUCGGCUCGUAGCAUUGGCCGGUUCUACGGAGCGCACGCUUGAGGACCUCGCCUACGAGGUAGCGUGGUUACGCGCUGUUCGCGCCAAUCCGGAAAAGUUGGACGACACGUUACUGGAAGGCCACCUGAAUCUCACAAAAGAACUGUUUGCACAUGUGCCUGCACAAGUGAAGUAUCAAUACGGGGCCCACCCGGACCAUAAAGACUCUGGACUCAUAAAGGAAGUGACGACCGAGUUCUUAUGGCCGUACUCGUGGGCGUGGUGCCGUAUGGGAGGGGCAGGAAGUGGAAGCGUGAGUUCCGGCAGUGGUGGGGGUGAGGAAGGUGGUGGCGAGCCGGCGGCGCCUCUGUGCCGGACGCCCGGUGCCGCCGCCGCUGCCACUGAUUUGUUGCUUGCUCUUGUACACGGCUGCGUACCCAACAUGGCGGCCCUCGCGUACUUACUCGAGCUCAUGUUCUACAGCGAAAAAAGCAUGCCAUUAUCAGAAUGGGAUUACAUGCCUUGUGUUGGCCCACGGCCGGUAGCGGGGUUAGUGGGACUGAAGAAUGCGGGCGCUACUUGCUACAUGAACUCAGUACUACAGCAGUUAUAUUGUGUACGCGCCGUACGAGAUGCCCUUCUUACUGUACAAGGUGCUGCAACAGACCCGAACGAAGAUUUCUCUGGCGAACAUCAUAUUGUAGAAAAUAACACAGAUAAUAACAGUGACUACAACGUAACAAUUUUAAAACAAGUGCAAGCUAUAUUUGCACAUUUACACUAUAGUAAACUGCAGUAUUAUGUUCCCAGAGGAUUGUGGGCGCAUUUUAGACUUCAAGGUGAACCUGUUAAUUUACGCGAACAACAAGAUGCAGUAGAAUUUUUUAUGUCAUUAGUAGAGUCAUUAGAUGAAGCUCUCAAGUCUCUAGGACAAGAGCAGCUUAUGGCAAAAACAAUGGGAGGCACAUAUUCAGAUCAGAAAAUCUGUAAAGGCUGCCCGCAUAGGUAUUGUAAAGAGGAGCCUUUCAGUGUAGUUUCUUUGGACAUAAGAAAUAUGUCUAGACUGCAGGAAUCUCUAGAGGCUUACGUAAGGGGCGAGCUUUUGGAAGGGGCCGAUGCUUACCACUGUGAUAAGUGCAAUAAGAAGGUCGUAACGGUUAAACGCUUAUGUCUAAACAAACUACCUCCAGUAUUAGUUAUACAGUUGAAAAGGUUCGAAUAUGACUUUGAAAAAGUGUGUGCAAUAAAAUUCAAUGACUACUUUGAGUUCCCACGAGACUUGGACGUCGAGCCUUAUACAGCAUGGGGAUUAGCGCGAGCGGAAGGCGAUGCGACGCUCUGGGAGGGCGGCGAAGAGAAAACGCCAGAGACUCAUUACCAACUUAGUGGUAUCGUCGUACACUCGGGCCAGGCUUCCGGCGGACACUAUUACUCUUAUGUGCUUCUCAGAGACAACGGCAGCGAAUCAGGGCGGUGGGUGAAGCUAGAUGACGGAGACGUUUCCGAGUGUGCGAUGCACGAUGACGAGGAGAUGAAGGCGCAAUGCUUUGGCGGUGAAUACAUGGGCGAGAGGGUACUGUAUAAGCGUCAAAAGAGAUGGUGGAAUGCCUACAUGCUGUUCUACACGAGAAAGGACACCAUAGAAACGUCCAAUCUCGAGCAGUCUAUGAGGAAUUUAACGCUUAAAGAAAGUGCCAUACCCAGGCCUAUUUGGCUGUCAGUUCGUCGUAGUAAUAUAGCGUUUUCACAUAAUCAAGAUCAAUUUAGUUUAGAACAUUUCAAUUUCAUGAAGAAAUUGUGUUGUAUGCGGCUUCAGGUCAUACCAGGGUCUCAAAACGCUGUAUGGAGUCAAGAACACGAAGAAAUGUCAAUGUUGGCUGUGCAAUUAGCUACAAAGUUUUUAUUUCAAGUUGGCUUUCAUACAAAGAAAACAUUACGCGGGCCCGCGGCUGAUUGGCAUGAUAUUUUAUGCCAUCAUCUACGGUGUUCGCAGGCAGUUAGAGCGUGGUUUGCUUCUGAACUAUUCAAGCAUCCUCACAGAUUAUGCGACUACCUUUUAUCGUGUCCGUCAGCGGAGGUGCGACUAGUUUUUAUGAAAAUCAUUGUUUUCUUAGCACAUUUUUCAAUCAAAGAUCCUCCAGUGAACAACGGGUACGGAUCAUGGUGCAGCCGAGAUGAAGCGACUUCGUUAUCAGACCAGAUCAUUUGCAGCACGCGAGGACUUGCCGAUCCGCCGUACGCGGAUACGCACACUGUUCGACAUCUGCCGUUAUUAUUCAACCUGUUUCAUACGUACGCCUUAUUGGGGCUCAGUGAACGGCAUCAGCUGUUGCGGCUGAAAAUUCUCGAUGUCGUGUUAAGUGUUUGUAUGGAUGACUCGUCUUCAUCUCUUGUAAAAUAUCAGUAUCCAGAAUCAGCAAAAAUUCACCAGGUGGUGUACGUAUUGGUGCGGUGUUGCGACGUGAGCUCUCGCUGUCAGUCGGCGGGCGCGGCGGAGGGGGUGCAGCCGUUGCCGAAUCCGUACGCGGAUCCGCCCCCCUCCUCGUCUUCUGCCCCGCCCCUCGUACGGCCCCCGCUCUCCUCUACUGCCGCCGACGUACUAUACACCAGGACUGGGACAUACAUGAAAAAGUUGACGGAAGAAUGUUGCGGCUGCGAGGAGGGCAUCAGAUUAGUUCAGUUCCUGUGCUGGGAACAGGCGGAGUGGUCUAGAGUAGCACUCGCUGAGCUUCUGUGGCAGAUGGCGUACGCUUACUGUCACGAGCUCAGACGACACGCGGACGCGCUCACUGCACUUUUGCUCAUGGAGGACUCGUGGCAUCAUCACCGCAUCCACAAUGUCAUCAAGGGAGUUUCGGAGGAGCGGCCCGGCUUGUUGGAGACGGCAGCGCGUGCUCGCGGCCACUAUCAGAAGCGCGCGUACGCGUGCGUCAAACUGUUGGUGGGCGUGAUGUGCCGCGCCCCCGCCGCCGUGCGCGCCGUGCACGCGUCCUCGGACGCGAGGCGCAGGUGGCGACAGCUGCUCGCCUGGCUGCAGGACGAACUGGACCGCAAGUAUGGGACUGGUGGUUACGGAUCCUACGGCACCUGGUCUCCACCUGGCACUUCAAACGAAACUUCUAGUGGGUAUUUCUUAGAACGAAGCAAUUCAGCCAGAAAAACUCUCGAAAAGGCGUAUCAGUUGUGUCCCGAAGAGGAAGACGAAGAAGAGGAGGCGCGCGAGACUGCGGAUGGUCCGUCGGGCAGCGAGCCUGCUGACGCCGCGUCCGAACCGGCGGACAACGACCCGCCGGACGACGACAGCGGCGAGGACGACGACCCCCCCGACGAUCACGACGACGCGAACCGACAAGCGCGCCGCGUCGUAUUCAAGCGACGCAUGCGGCCUUGACUCCGCACCUUGUAGGCUACAAACCUUUUUGAUGACGUACGGAUGGUACAGCGCGUCACGUGAGUUGAACCGUGCGUAUUAUCUAAAGGCAAGAUUUCACUUAUAGUUUGAUAAAUUUUCAUAAGACAUAAUAAGCAGCGUUUUUUUUUUUCUACACAAAUUACUACAGAGUUUCUCGAGAUAUUAUUUUGAGAUGACACAUCAAUUACACGCGCGUGUAUUGAUUCGGUCAUUUAUUAUUUCUAUGCUUACUACUGGAUUGUUCGGUACUGAAGGUAGGGGUGUAGACAAUUUAUUUAAAUAUUUUUAUUUUAUAGACAUACGUGAAAUGUAUCUAAAAAUUUAUUAAAAUAACGUCGUUAAAAUCUAAAAAUAAAUUUCAUUUCAAAAUUUACCGCGAAAACGCCACGGCACUCUGAAACGAAUAUCGUUCUAUGUACGCAUAAGGUUGAAUUCUCCUAAGUUCUGAGUAAGAAGGGCGUGACGUCACGCACUGUUGUCACGUGACAACGAGCAUAAAAUAUUAGCUUUAACAUAAUUAGUUUAGGCAAUAUUAC